CAACAGAAGAUAACUAAUAAUAUCUUGUUUUGGUGCCCUGCAACACUUUCCAAUGCUAACCUGCCUUAAUUCAAUUGCAAACCACCAGCCCCCAUGGAAUUCAACACUCAUUCAUCUCCCAAAUUGCAAAACCCAAUUCGAUGUAAACCAAAUUCACGCUCGAUUACUCACUACUGGAUUCAUAAAAAGCUCCUAUUUCACCACCAAACUUAUACUCACCUUUGCUUCUUCUCCACAUGUUCCUCUAAUUCGAUUCGCCCGCCAUGUCUUUUUCGCUCAUUUGGUUCCUUGUAGCUCAAAAACAGACGACCCUUUUCUGUGGAAUGCUGUAAUCAAGAGUUUUUCACAUGGGGAUGACCCAAAACAAGCUGUUUUUGUUUUGGGUUUGAUGCUUCAACACGGGUCUUGUGUCGAUAAGUUCACGGUUUCCUUGGUGUUAAAGGCGUGUUCGCGGAUGGGGUUGAUUAGAGAAGGAAUGCAGGUUCAUGGGUUUUUGAAAAAAACUGGGCUUGAUAAUGAGUUGUAUUUACAGAAUUGUCUCAUGUGUAUGUAUGUCAAGUGUGGCUGUGUUGAGUUUGCGCGCCAGGUGUUUGAUAUAAUGCCUGAAAGGGAUGCGGUUAGUUUUAACACGAUGAUAGAUGGAUAUGUUAAGAGUGGGAUGGUGGUGUUGGCGCGCGAGUUGUUUGAUUCGCUGGAAAUGAAGAAUUUGAGGUCUUGGAAUUGUAUGAUUAGUGGAUACAGUGUCAUGGAAGACGGGUUUCAGAUGGCUUGGGAGUUGUUUGAGGAAAUGCCGGAGAGAGACUUGGUUUCAUGGAAUUUAAUGAUUCGUUGCUGCAUUAAGAGCGGAAAGAUUGGUUUGGCUCGAGCGCUCUUUGAUAGGAUGCCGAAAAGAGAUGUUAUCACCUGGGCUAAACUGAUCGAUGGGUAUGCAAAAUUGGGAAGCAUUGCGAUUGCGAGAAAGUUGUUCGACGAAAUGACUGAAAGAGAUGUAAUCUCAUGUAAUGUAAUGAUGGCAGGAUAUAUGCAAAAUGGGGUUUGUGUGGAAGCAUUAGAAGUCUUUAAUAAUAUGAUGAGUGAGGGCAAUAUAGCUCCUGACGAUACCACGUUAUCAAUCGCUCUUUCUGCAAUCGCACAAUUAGGACGACAUGACGAAGGUGUAGUUGUGCAUACAUACAUAACCGAAAACAGACUUAAAUUGGAUGGAAAACUUGGUGUUUCACUUAUAGACAUGUAUGCUAAAUCAGGCAGCAUAGAUACCGCUAUGCACGUUUUCAAUUCCAUAACAGGAAAAAGCGUGCAUCACUGGAAUGCCAUAAUUGGUGGUUUAGCUAUACACGGGUUUGGAAAACAAGCUUUCGAUAUGUUCAUUGAGAUGCAGAGGUUAAACUUAAAACCAGAUGCAAUCACAUUCGUCAACGUGUUAAAUGCUUGUGCCCAUUCGGGUUUGGUAAAGGAAGGUAUUAUGUGUUUUGAAAUAAUGAGAAGAGUUCAAAACGUAGAGCCCGAAGUCCAACAUUUUGGUUGCCUCGUUGACAUGUUUGCCCGUGCGGGGCAGAUAAAACAGGCGACAACCAUCCUAGAGGAAAUGCCCGUUGAGCCAAACAAUGUGUUGUGGCGUACUUUACUUAGCGCGUGUAAUAAUCUUGAAGAUAGCAUAGAAACAAGCCCCAUGGUGAAACAAGCAAUCAAGAUGGAUAGUUAUGAUUCAAGUACUUAUGUGUUGUUAUCUAACAUAUACGCUCGGUUUGGCAUGUGGGACCGGGUUAGAAGGGUGCGGGGAAUGAUGAAAGAACAAAAAAUCAAGAAAGUUCCUGGUGUUAGUUGGAUAGAACUUGAUGGAACUUUUCAUGAGUUUUAUGUAGGAGAUGGAACUCAUCCUCAAGUUGCAGAGAUUUAUUCGGUGUUGGACAACUGCUUUUCUAUCGAUUCUCAGGUUAAAUCUUUGGGGUUACAAUCUAAACUCGAGCCUGUUUUGUCGUCAAUUGGUAGCAAUAUUUGAAAGCUAGUUUUGCUUUUUCUGUAUAUUUGUAAUGUCCGAAAAGAAACUGUCUCAUAAAUACGUUAAAAGUGAAAUACGAUUGUUUAGUGGAAA